GGUGGGGACGCGGAACUGGGCCAUGGAAGAUACGUCGGGGGCUCGCGAGCCCCGUGCCCGACCGAGAGAGCGGGACCCAGACCGGCGCUCCCGUCCGGACCGAGACCUCCACCCCGAGCGACAGCGGGACAGACACGGGAACCGACGCAGGGAGAGAAACGGGGGCGAGCGCAGGGACGGGGACCGGGACAGGGGGAGGGACCGGGACCCCCGCCACGACAGACACAGGGUCGAAGACCUUCGCGCGGGUGAACAAAGAGUUUGGGAAAAGUCCCGCCAGAGCCGGACACGGGACGGACCCCGCAAGCCGACCUGGGACUCAGCCUCGCCCCCCUGGCCCGCGCCUUGGGAAACCACGGAGCCGUCGCUCCCGAGGAAGGAGCGCUUCGGGCACCGUGACCCGACAAGUGAACCUACUUCAGCGAGAUACCUGCCCUCGAACCCCAGGUCUGGACAAGAGGGAGUGGAAUAUUACCAGUCAGAGGCUGAAGGACUCCUGGAAUGCCAUAAAUGCAAAUACUUGUGCACUGGGAGAGGUGUGGUACAGAUAGUGGAGGUGAUACUGAAUGGGAUGGUUCUCAUGUGUAUCGUGGCCUCCUACUUUGUCCUUGCUGGAUUCAGUGCCAGCUUCACCAGUGGCGGCGGCUUUGGGAACAACUAUUACUCACCGUUUGAGGGCACCGAGCUGGAGCAGGUUCGGCAGCUGGACCAGCAGUACACAGUCCUCCGGGCACCCCUGAUAUAUGGCGGUGUGGCUGUUUCUCUGGGGCUGGGUGUCCUUACUAUGGGCGUUUUACUCCAGGGAGCCAAAAGUCUAACCAAACUGUUGGCGAAGUGGCUCCUGCUGGAGGCCGCCUUCAGCCUCCUGGCGGCAGUGAGCUACAGCGUAGGCAUUGGCACUUACCUCCACGUAGCCUUGCGGAUCAAUGCCACAGACACUUGCAGAGCCAGAGCGCGGCUCUAUGCCCGCAAGGGUCUCACCUGGAUGAACUGCCAGCUGGCAGGCACUGAUGGAGCCGCAGCCACCUUUGCUUGUCUUCUGGUGGUUACAUACGGUGCCAGCGUAGUGCUGGCCCUGCGGAGCUACCAGCAACAGAAGCACUACAAAGACAGCCAAGCACAGAACAGAAGUUACAAUGACGCGCCUGAAUACCUGUGGUCAGGAACGCUCUGAGACUUCUUCUGGAACCUAAAUGGCAACCCACCUCCCUUGUUUCUCUCAAAAAGAUGUGUCCCUUAAAGUGGCACGUUACACAACUAUGGUCUUCACAUGCUUGAUUUUACAAAUGUUCCCUCUGGUACCAGUGCAAAGCUAGAUGAUCAUUUCAUUUUUUUAAUCAGUAAGUCUUAGUUGGCUGAGAGCUUGAAAAAGAUGUCUCCACCUUUGCAACAAAGAGCAACAUUGCAAGUCUGGGGAUGCCUUUGUGGUGUGGCUCUCUUACCAGAUGGUAAGGUAAUCAUGGUAAUAGCUACAUAGCCAGAAAAAUUCUGAGAGAUGAGAAUUACACAUCCGGGGUAGCAGGUCCAGUGUUACAGUAGAAAUAUCUUCCCGUCAUAACUACUUAAGGUCAUCAAAAGAGACGUGCCAUUGCCCCCCGUAUUUGGUCCCAGGGGAAUGAUUUUAAAGCAGUUGGAUGAUUGAGUUCUAAAUGAGUAAUUACAUUCUGACUCUCUUAGAAGGAAGCCACUCUGUUGGUACAGCAGUGUGCCCUGACUGCCUGGGUCCAACGGAGCGUUCCUCCCUUACAGAUGGGAGCCAGGAUUCCUGAUGCAUGAAGGGAGACGCUUUGAGAAUGCAUGUUCCUCCUCAGGAUUCCUGCAUUAGGGCUGAGAAAAAAGGGUUUUUCUGCCAGCGUCCAAGUUACUUUUUUGUUGCAAGUCAUUCAAUUGGAUUUCACUUUCCUAAAAUAUCUUAUAAUUUUCUUAAAUAUGAGGCUUCCAGAUGGAAACAAAAUUCGUAAACUUCUUAAAUGUGUUAUUCAACUGAUAUCAAAAGUAAAAUGUAGUGAAUUUUAUUAGACUAGAAAGGCUUACUGGAGGCUUCUUCAUUUCUCCAUCCCCUGACAGUCCCCUCUAGAGGAGCCCUUCAAAGGUAGAUUGUAAUCACUCAGGACCCUGGAUUGUUUUCAGAAUGUAAUAGAUCAUUAACACUGAAUAUUAAAAAUAAAGUUUUUCACUUAUUUUAAUCUAAAGUUUUAUAGCUGUUCUUAUACUUUACUAGUCUCAGAUUUUCAGUUGUUAAAUGCACCUAGAAAUACAUGCAUUCUUAUGACAGUUUUUUUCCCUAAUUGCUCUCUUGCUUUUCAAUAGCUAAUUGUUUUUUUCUGUAAUAUCAGUUUUACUUCCAUAUUAUAAAUGAGGUUAAACUAUUAAUAAGUUCAAAUUCUUAGUACAUUUCUAAAAACAAUCUAUUUCCACAAUGCCAUUUUGACAUAAAUCUCAGAUUCUCUAAUUUACAGUUAGUAAGAAAUCAGCAAACAUAAGCCUCUUUCAACAGAUGUGAAAAUGGCAAUGAAAGAAAACUAAGUCAAUGUCAUUUUCCCCCUCCUUACCCCCCCAACUGCUCUCCUCCCUGGAACAUAUUACCUUUCCUCUCCUGUCCUUUCAACAGCUAUUUCUGAUAGAACCUAUUGAAGGUGAAGGAUCAAAACAAAACCUCAUACAGAAAUGAGAAAAUAUCUAAUUAUACUUCUACAAAAAGUAAAGCUUGGAGGAAAAUAAUCAACUGAAAAUCUGCAUUACUAGGUUAACAUAAAAACAUUGUGCCGCAGAAAGCUGCUUCUUCCACUGUCACCCUUGGCCUCAAGGCGGUGGCCAGAGUCCCACAGCUUUUAACUGAGUGGUAGACAGGAAGUUUAACAGCAGCAAAAAUCAAAGAACCCGUUCCUCACACACACCCCAGAAAAGCCUUCCUGCACUGCCCCCGGCCCCGCAUUAUCUCCCGAGACAUGUUCCUCUUACAGCUUUCCCCAUGAAAUGGGGACUCUGACCCAUCUAGACCCCAGCACUGUGCCCAGGGCAGCUGCAAUACUGCUCCCGAGAUUCCCCUCCUUCUGAGGGAUCGGAGUCCAUCUGUCACUGUAAAUCACAACCUUCCACGUGUGGAGUUUCAUAAC